UCAUGAAUAUGAAUUUGUUCAGAAGGUCACACACUCGCACCAUCAGCUGUGCAUGCGGUCCCUAGACCAAUAGGAUUUCACCAAUUAAGUAUGUUAAUUGAAGACACAGAGGCAGGCUCUCCUCACUUCAGUUGCUGUCGUUCCAGGGGACACUACUAUCAGAUCUGCACUUUCAUUGCAGUAUCAUAGCUCAUCAUCUGGACUCCACACCAUUUCAUGCUUGGACUAUAUUUUCUUUCUUUUCUUUCAUAUCUGUGUGCGUCCUUAAGAGCAAAAUAAAAAUAAAAAGUUCUGGCAGCGGUGGGAUUCGAACCCACGCCAUCGAAAUGACUGGAGCCUAAAUCCAGCGCCUUAGACCACUCGGCCACGCUACCGUAUUGACUCUAGUAGACAGACCAAACAACUUAACUGUGCCAGAUACUGAAUCUUGAAAGCAGCAGGACGCAGAGGCGUGGCUGUCAGAAACCACUGUUGUACGUGCAGCGGGCUCAAAUCGUCGUGGAGGACGGUAACAAGGAGUACAGUCCGCUGCCAGGCACGUCCCCGGACCUUCAGGAUACAUUGGAGAACAAGGAGCGACCCAGUCUGGUCCGGGAAGACGAUUUAACGGCAGCUGCUGCAGCCCUGUUUAGUCUGUCCUAACUUGCAAAGUGAAACUGUGAGACGGAAGAAGACACGUUCCUACAGUCACAGUCAGCAAUUAAAGGAGACAUCAUGGAGGACGACCUCAUGUUCACCAUGGAGGAGGAUGGCAGUGCCAAGAGACCCCCUAUCCAUCGAAGUGCCCCACACCAGCGGGCCUCCUCACUCAGUGAUGCCAACGCCAGUGAUGAUGAUGAUGAGGAAAACCUCAUCUUCCCCAUCCUGGAUGACUCAGCCAGAGAAAUUUGUCACUACCUGAAGAGUAUGGUUUACUCCCGACAGCUGUCAAACUCUCUUCCUAAGGCCAAUUUCAUGUUCAGGAAUGAAACAGAAACGGAGUCAGAACCUCAGUCGUACAAGGUUUUGUCUCAGAGCGCACGGGACCAUUGGAAACAUGCGAUAGAAAAGGCCAAAGCCAUGCCCGACCCCUGGGCACAGUUUCAUCUGGAGGACAUCGAGACUGAACCCUGCAUUCGUUACAGGUACAAUGCCAUCACAGGAGAGUGGGCUCAAGACCAGGUCCACAUCAAGAUGGCUGCUCAGCCGUUUGGGAAAGGGGCCAUGAGGGAGUGCUUCAGAACGAAGAAGCUGUCAAAUUUCUCGCACAGCAGCAACUGGAAGUCAGCAUCCAAUUAUGUGUCCAAGCGUUACAUGGAGACGGUGGACAGAAAUGUUUACUUUGAGGACGUCAGGCUGCAGAUGGAGGCCAAACUGUGGGGAGAAGAGUACAACCGCCACCGACCUCCCAAACAGGUGGACAUCAUGCAGAUGUGUGUGAUGGAGAUGACGAACAGGCCAGGUAACCCGCUCUUCCACCUGGAGCAUUACAUCGAGGGCAAGUACAUCAAAUACAACUCCAACUCCGGCUUCGUGAGGGACGACAACAUCCGACUCACUCCACAGGCCUUCAGUCACUUCAGCUUUGAGCGAUCAGGCCACCAGCUGAUCGUUGUGGACAUCCAAGGAGUCGGAGAUCUCUACACUGACCCUCAGAUCCACACAGAGCAGGGGACUGACUUCGGAGAUGGAAAUCUAGGUGUGCGAGGCAUGGCACUGUUCUUCCACUCCCACCUGUGCAACAAAAUCUGCAAGAGCAUGGGCCUGACGCCUUUCGACAUCGCCCCUGCAGAGAAGAGCCAGCUGGACUGCACUAACAAACUGCUCAAGUCGGCUCAGACGGUGCUGAGGGGCUGCGAGGAGCCCUGCGGUUCUCCCCGUGUUCGUACCAUGUCAGGCAGCCGCGCCCCACUGCUGAUGUCCCGCCUGUCUGAGACGUCUUCUGCAGACGAGAGCACGAGUGACGUGGACUCGGUCCCCUGUUCCCCUCUCACACUCCCCUGCUCCCCGCUGGCGGCACAUGGAUUUAUGGGAAAGUCUCCUUUUGGCGUAUAUUUUACUGGAAUGAAUGAACACGAAAGAAGCAAUAACAACAACACAGGUGAACACAAGGAGUCUGACAGUGGCGGGGACAGCGGUUACCCCAGCGAAAGGAGGAGUGAAGGCGAUCCAAAUGACCACGUAGAUGGGGCCCAUCAUCGCAUCCAAAGACAUUAUUCUGAGUCGGAUGAGGACAGUGUCAGACGGCUGACGGAGGAGAAGUGGAGCUUCUACCAUUCGUCUCGCGCUCACGUGCACCGACCAUCCUGCGUGGCCACUGAGGUGGAGCGACUCAACGCGCUUCUGCAAAAGAAGAUCGGCCAGUCUAUCCUCGGGAAGGUCCACCUGGCGAUGGUGCGGUACCAUGAAGCGGGUCGCUUCUGUGAGAAAGACGAGCAGUGGGAUCAGAACUCGGCCAUGUUCCACCUGGAGAGAGCGGCGCUGUGCGGAGAGCUGGAGGCCAUCAUCGCUCUGGGACAGUGCUGCAUGCAGCUGCCUCAUCACAUCCUGCCAGACAUGGAGCUGGAGGAUAACGCAGGAAACCGGAUGAGAGGUUUUAAGUAUCUGCUGCUGGCUGCUGAGUCCGGAGACAGAAACUCUAUGAUCAUAGUAGCCAGAGCCUUCGAUACUGGGAUCAACCUGUCAGCUGACAGAAAGCAGGACUGGGAGGAGGCGAUCCACUGGUAUGACAGUGUGUUGAACAUGACGGACUAUGACGAGGGGGGAGAGUUCGAUGGGACGCAGGACGAGCCCCGCUACCUGCUGCUGGCCAGAGAAGCAGAGAUGUACCAGGAGGGAGGCUUCAACCUCAACGCAGACCCACAGAAAGCAGGUGAUCUGUUUACAGAAGCAGCAGAAGCUGCCAUGGAGGCAAUGAAAGGUCGCCUGGCAAACCAGUACUACAUGAAGGCCGAGGAAGCCUGGGCGCUUAUGGAGGAAUAGUUCUGGAUGCACAUUUUUAUUACAAAUAGGCCACGGGAGUUCUGACUGAUCGCCGGGACAGUUUACAGAUUUUUUUAUUACAGAUUUUUUUGCCAGUGGUGCUGUGUGUGUGUUCAGGUUUAGGAUCGGGCUUAAAUGUCCAGAUUUCUGUUCUUCUUUUCCUGUUUGUGAGUCACCCUGACUCCUUUUUUCUUUAAUGUCUUGUCUGAUUAUCUUUUGACUAAGUGAGUGUGCUGGCUGUAUGAAAGAGAAGGUCUGAAAGACCAAAACAAAGAAAAAAAAGUUUACUUACUUGCAGCAAAUGUUAAGACAUUUGUGUUGGAGGAAUGUAUGUAAAAUAAAAAUGCUUGGAGUUUCAAA